GAAACAUGACGGAGGAAUGCAAACUUUCUUCGACGAUCUUGUCUCGAGCACUGCUUGCUUUUCAGCGUUUUUGCAGCUCCCAUCCGCAGAUCAAAGCCUUCUUGCUUGGUAGACAUUUUUACUGAUACCGUAUCAACAGAUAGUAUACGGUUUAGUUAUUUUACACUGACUGCUAUCCGAUUUUGAUUCUCCAGCGUCAGGAGGUGAUUCUGAUUAUGUACUGUUCUAUGGAGUGUUUGUUUUUGACAUAAGCGAUCCCCAUAUAUAACUGGUCUUCUUGUGGUGCGACCUUGAUGUUGCUGUUGCAAGCCGGAGCAUAAUUGUCUUGUCCUGUAUUCUUGUUUACACAAGCAACUAAUCUUUGAAGCAUCCACAAGGAGCACUCGCAAGAAAGUCGAACUAGCAAUAAAGAUAAAAUGGCACCAAAAGUGAAACCUUUGCCGGGGCGAAGCCUCCCUGUAAUGGCCUUCGGUGUUGCGAUUCUUGUUCAUGGCGGUUUUGUAGUGUCACAGAUGCGGCAAAAUGCGACGCAUGCGGUGGAAAGCAUACCAAUAUACGUACCUCCCUGUCCCUUCAAAAUGAUAAAUGUAAAAUAUCACAUACUGCUCGAUGUAGUUACAUCUUCAUUUACUUUCACAAUGCGGUUGCCCUUGCCCUUCCACAAUCACUUGAAAAAUCAGAGCGUAGUAGUUGAUGUUCUUACUAUUUUUCAAGAGCCAGGCUAAAUGUCAAUCUCAAUACUCGAACAAACACAAUAAAGCACCCUUUAUCUAACCUACUUAUUUCGCUUUACGCAUGUUCAUGUAAUCCAGGUCGUUGCUGAGAUAAUUAUUGGUGCGUUGAUAAGUCUCUUUGGAAGCAUAGGGAGAUUCGAGCCCAUUCGAGUGCCAGACGCGCCGAAGCCAAGCUGGGACACACUGCACACAAGACACGACUUCAUUCUCUUCAAAGGACGAUCGACGUCACUAUGCGGCUUUAUCGAGGAUAGAAUGCAACUUCCGCCAAAUAUUCCUGCCGGCGGUGGUUCCUCUUCUACAGGCGAAUCGCCUGUGUCAAGUCAAAACGCAGAAUAAUCACGGGCGGCCUUUACUUGAUGCCGAAGGAGUAAUCUGGAGUUGAUGUUUUAGGGUCAGCGGCGCAAUCACAGGACUCAAUCACAGCGUAGUUACGACGCGAAAUACCUUUGGCAGAGGAUGAGAUUAUAUAUAUUGACUUAGCUACGUCUUGUGGCCCGCCCGUGCGGUUGCUCUACUACAUCUUGUCCAUGGGCUACUGUCUAGUGCAUCGAACACUCUAAACGCUUUUUUAUUUCGCAAUAGCGGACCCCGCAUCACCAGAAGUGAGAAAUCGUUCUUCACCCGAAUGAAUUACAAAAGAUGAGCAGCCCCGCUUCAAUGUAGAAACACAUAGGGAAUUUAUCUCGCAAAGCCUGCUAGCGAAUUUGGGGCACACGACGCCGGGUAAAACU